UGUUUACGGGGAAUUACCCGAAUUUCCCUUUCCUGAAAUAAGCGGCUGAGUCCGGACGGGCGGUGGCUUCCUUUAUGUUCCCUUUGAGAGGGUACUACGACAACUGACCGCUGAACUGGGGACACAAGACGCAAGUUUUUGAAUAUGGAACAGAAAAAGUGUAGGUUCCUACUCAUGGUCGGUUUACUUUUGGAGCGGAUGUUUUGUACGAAUGGAAAUUCUAGUGAAUGUUCACUGAUGAUCCAGCCUUCCACAGUGGUGGUGAGAUUUGGAGAUCCAGUAUCGGUGAACUGCACUGUUCCAGGAGAUCAUGAGGGAAUCGGCUGGGAGGCUUCAGAGGGAUCUGUUAAAGUACCAGCAGGCACCCAGUAUGUCACUUGGAGUUUAGAGACCCUGACAGACUGGAACAUAAGACCUAAAUGCUACGCCAACUUUCAGACCGGUCCAAGCUCUGGUAUUCAGUGUGAUGAAAAGCUCAAUAUUACAGUGUACAAGCCUUCAGACAGUGUCUUCAUCAGUGCUAUGAACCACAUAGGCCCAAUGCUGGAGGGGAAACAGUACCAGCUGCGGUGUGAGGUCCAGAACAUCGCUCCUGUUCAGUACCUCACUGUGAAGUGGUAUAAAGGGGAAACAUUAGAGAAUCAAACGUCCUAUGAUGCUCUCACUAAGAAACCAGUGACUGUGUCCUCUACCGUCCUGAUCACACCCACCAGCGCUGAUGAUGGAGCGCAGUACAGAUGUGUGGCAGUGCUGGAACUGGGACCUGAAGGACCACAACCCCCACCUUCAUAUAAAUCUGAUCCCCUCAACAUCACUGUGCACUAUAAACCCAGGAUCACAGAGUGUCUGGGCCAUGUGAAGCUGAGGGAGGGUGAAUCUCUGGAUACUUUGGCCUCCUGCAGAGCUGAGGGGAACCCCUUUCCCAUGGUCACAUGGUACAGAGACCAAUCAGAGUUCAACAGUUCCACACAACUGACCAAGAGACAAGGCGGACAGUACACCCUCAUAGCCAAGAACACCUACGGAACAGCCAAUCACACACUGGAGAUUGAAGUUCUCUAUAAACCCAGGAUCACAGAGUGCCCGGACCAUGUGAAGCUGAGGGAGGGUGAAUCUCUGGAUACUUUGGUCUCCUGCAGAGCUGAGGGGAACCCCUCUCCGAUGGUCACAUGGUACAGAGACCAAUCAGAGUUCAACAGUUCCACACAACUGACCAAGAGACAAGGCGGGCAGUACACCCUCAUAGCCAAAAACACCUACGGAACAGCCAAUCACACACUGGGGAUUGAAAUUCUCUAUAAACCCAGGAUCACAGAGUGCCCGGACCAUGUGACGCUGAGGGAGGGUGAAUCUCUGGAUACUUUGGUCUCCUGCAGAGCUGAGGGGAACCCCUCUCCCAUGGUCACAUGGUACAGAGACCAAUCAGAGUUCAACAGUUCCACACAACUGACCAAGAGACAAGGCGGGCAGUACACCCUCAUAGCCAAGAACACCUACGGAACAGCCAAUCACACACUGGGGAUUGAAAUUCUCUAUUCUAGUGAAUGUCCACUGAUGAUCCAGCCUUCCACUGUGGUGGUGAGAUAUGGAGAUCCAGUAUCGGUGAACUGCACUGUUCCAGGAGAUCAUGAGGGAAUCGGCUGGGAGGCUUCAGAGGGAUCUGUUGACAUGGUAUCAGACAGCCAGUUUGUCACCUGGAGUUUGGAGACCCUGACAGACUGGGAGAUAAGACCUAAAUGCUACGCCAACUUUCAGACCGGUCCAGGCUUUGUUUUUCAGUGUGACACAAAGCUCAAUAUUACAGUGUACAAGCUUUCAGACAGUGUGUACAUCAGUGCUGUGAACCACACAGGCCCAAUGCUGGAGGGGGAACAGUACCAGCUGCAGUGUGAGGUCCAGAACAUUGCUCCUGUUCAGUACCUCACUGUGAAGUGGUAUAAAGGGGAAACAUUAGAGAAUCAAACCUCCUAUAAUGCUCUCACUAAGACUCCAGUGACUGUGUCCUCUACCCUCCUGAUCAAACCCACCAGCGCUGAUGAUGGAGCGCAGUACAGCUGUGUGGCAGAGCUGGAACUGGGACCUGAAGAACCACAACCCCCGCCUUCAACUAAAUCUGAUCCUCUCAACAUCACUGUGCACUAUAAACCCAGGAUCACAGAGUGCCUGGGCCAUGUGGAGCUGAGGGAGGAUGAAUCUCUGGAUACUUUGGCCUCCUGCAGAGCUGAGGGGAACCCCUCUCCCAUGGUCACAUGGUACAGAAACCAAUCAGAGUUCAACAGUUCCACACAACUGACCAAAACACAAGGCGGGCAGUACACCCUCGUAGCCAAGAACACCUACGGAACAGCCAAUCAAACACUGGAGAUUGAAGUUCUCUAUAAACCCAGGAUCACAGAGUGCCCGGACCAUAUGAUGCUGAGGGAGGGUAAAUCUCUGGAUACUUUGGUCUCCUGUAGAGCUGAGGGGAACCCCUCUCCCAUGGUCACAUGGGACAGAGACCAAUCAGAGUUCAACAGUUCCACACAACUGACCAAGAGACAAGGCGGGCAGUACACCCUCAUAGCCAAGAACACCUACGGAACAGCCAAUCACACACUGGAGAUUGAAGUUCUCUAUAAACCCAGGAUCACAGAGUGCCCGGACCGUAUGAUGCUGAGGGAGGGUAAAUCUCUGGAUACUUUGGUCUCCUGCAGAGCUGAGGGGAACCCCUCUCCCAUGGUCACAUGGUACAGAGACCAAUCAGAGUUCAACAGUUCCACACAACUGACCAAGAGACAAGGCGGGCAGUACACCCUCAUAGCCAAGAACACCUACGGAACAGCCAAUCACACACUGGAGAUUGAAGUUCUCUAUACUAGUGAAUGUCCACUGAUGAUCCAGCCUUUUACCGUGGUGGUGAGAUAUGGAGAUCCAGUAUCGGUGAACUGCACUGUUUCAGGAACUCAUGAGGGAAUCGGCUGGGAGGCUUCAGAGGGAACUGUUGACAUGGUAACAGAGGUCCAGUUUGUCACUUGGAGAUUGGAGACCCUGACAGACUGGGAGAUAAGCCCUAAAUGCUUCGGGAACUUUCUAAUCAAUGCAGAACAUGAUCAGUGUGAUAAAAAGCUCAACAUUACAGUGUACAAGCCUUCAGACAGUGUGUACAUCAGUGCUGUGAACCACACAGGCCCAAUGCUGGAGGGGGAACAGUACCAGCUGCAGUGUGAGGUCCAGAACAUUGCUCCUGUUCAGAACCUCACUGUGAAGUGGUACAAAGGGGAAACAUUAGAGAAUCAAACCUCCUAUGAUGCUCUCACUAAGACUCCAGUGAAUGUUUCCUCUACCCUCCUGGUCAAACCCACCAGCGCUGAUGAUGGAGUGCAGUACAGCUGUGUGGCAGUGCUGGAACUGGGACCUGAAGGACCACAACCCCCACCUUCAUAUAAAUCUGAUCCCCUCAGCAUCACUGUGCACUAUCCACCUAGGUUUGAGCAGGUGAAGGAGUGGGUGAAUGUAACCCAGGGAGAUGAGGUGAUCCUGGAGUGCCUGGCUGAGGGAAAUCCCAGUCCUGUACUCACCUGGGAAACGACUGCUGCUGAGAUUCCACAGGUGUCCACCAGAGGGCGGCAGAGUAAUGCCACCAUCAGCAGAGCCACAUCAUCUAAUGCUGGUGUCUACACCUGCAAUGCGACGAAUGACCAGGGCAUGUCCUCCAAGACUGUCACCGUCACUGUGAUGGAAAAGGGUCGCACAAAAUUGGGCUACGUCUAUGUUUUAGUUAUUUUGGGGAUAGUGUUUAUACUGGUGCUGAUCAUCUUAUCGCUUAGAUCAUAUAUGAAACAUCAAGGGAAAUAUAACGUCACGCCAAUAUACUCUCCUGGAAGGAGGGAUCCAGUAGAGAUACCACUGAACUCCUGCAAUAGUAAUGGGACCGCCUCCUGCACCUAGAGCAGUGUGGUGCCCCACUGCCAGGCCUGCCAUUGGACCACUGAGUUGAGGGACAGAGCCAGGGAUUAGAGUUCUAAACUGCGGGGUGGAACCAUUGAUUAGAGCAGUGACAUGAGGGGGGUGGAGCCAGCCAAUGGAAUCUUGACUGAGGGGUGUGGAGCCAGCCAAUGGAAUCUUGACUGAGGGGUGUGGAGCCAGCCAAUGGAAUCUUGACUGAGGGGUGUGGAGCCAACCAAUGGAAUCUUGACUGAGGGAUUCACCACCACCAGCAGCCAGCACCACUGACACGAGGCAGGAUGGAUGCAAUAGAUUCAUGCCGUUUUGCCCAAUUCUUACCCUACCAUCUGCAUGCCAAAGCAGAACCUGAGAUUUGACAGACCAAGCAACAUUUUUCCAAUCUUCAGUCAUCCAAUUUUGGUGAUGAUGUGCCCACUGUAGCCUCAUCUUCCUGUUCUUAGCUGACAGAAGUGAGACUUGGCACGGUCUUCUUCUACUAUGGCCCAUCCGCUUCAAGGUUUGAUGCAUUGUGCGGUCAGACAUGCCCUUCUGCACACCACUGUUGUGAACAGCUGUUAUCUGAACAUUUGUGUUAUCUUGAAUGGAUCUGUCCAUUCUGCUCUGAAGUCACUCAUUAACAAAGUGUUUUCACCCACAGAACUGGCGCUCCCUGAAUGUUUUUUUACCCCACCAUUCUCUGUAAACUCUGGAGAAUAUCAUGCAUAAAAUUUGGAGGAGCAGGCUAUUUGCGUUAACAAGCCUAAUAAAGUGGCCACCGAUUGUAUAUAUCCUAUUAAACUAGCAUUUUAAAGAAAUAUGCUCAAUUGAGCUCAAUUAUUUUUCCUGCCACUGUUGUGCAGCUGGCAGGAACAGUGCAGUCUGACUGUAAACAUAUGUUCCAACAGAAAAUUGUGGUGUAGUAAACCAGUUUGCCUCUCUCUUCCAUAACAAUAUCGUGUAAAUCUGAGUUUUUCCCCACACGGCAUUAUGGUGUGGUCUGUCAAUAAAGUAUAGUCCUUUAAA